CCCUUUAUAGCCCAAUGGUUGCUGUGAAUCCUAUGCGUUAGCAGAUGACUCACAUUUAGAUACAGCAAUGUGGCAAAACAAUGCAAAGGAGAACGGAGCAUAAGCUACUGGGAUGCUUCUUUCUCAGAAAUACGCAUAUUCAUUUUUAAACGAAUAGAGCAUAAAUUACACCUGGACAACGACGACUAACGAAGCUACGACAUACAAACUCAAGUUACGUAGGCUACAAGUUAUAUAAAAACACAGAACUUAUUUUAAAGAAAAAAAGAAAUUCACCAGUUUAGCUAAAACGGCUCUAAAAUAAAAUUCGUAAACAGCAAUAAACGAUAUGAUGUAACUGGAAUGUACCAUAUGGAUUAUAUUAAACAAACUGCUUAAUCGUGAAAUCCCUGCAGUUUCGUCUUCCUCGUUUCAGACUAACGUUAAUCACGUGGGAAGACUGCUGAAAGUCAUAUGACAAAGGGGAAACUUUAUCGCUGUUGCCGAGUGUAUUAGGACGGUAAGACCACUGAAGUGAAGACCGUUAUUAAGUUGCUUCUGUGAUUGCUGUACGGAGUUGCUGUCUGUUGAUAAUGAAGGGGAAAUUGGCGUUGUGGUGCAUAUUUAUAUUUGGUGUGCAACGCACACUUUGCGAUACCCCAGCUAACUGCACAUAUGAGGAUUUGGUGGGAACCUGGAUGUUCCAGGUUUCCGAAGGAGGGCAUGGACGGGAUUUAAACUGUACAACGAUGGGACCUUCUGUGAAAACGGUAACAGUUCAUCUUCAGAAGCUGUCCGUGGCCAAUGACGACCUGGGGAACACUGGGUUUUUCACUCUUAUCUACAACCAGGGCUUCGAAGUGGUUUUGUCCGACUACAAGUGGUUUGGUUUUUUCAAGUACACGCAGCAAGGUUCAGAGGUGACCAGCUACUGUGACCAGACUUUACCUGGGUGGGUCCAUGAUGUUCUGGGAAACAACUGGGCCUGUUUCGUGGGGAAAAAGGUUACGGCGGUUCCCCGGAGAACUUCCCCCAGCAAUCAUCCAGAUUUCAAACAAAGCUUGCUCUUUCAGCGUCCCUACAAACAAAACCAUGACUUUGUACGUGCAAUCAACACUGUUCAGACGUCCUGGACAGCCAAAGCCUACAGUGAACAUGAAAGCUUCACCAUCGAGGAGCUCAUUCGAAGAGCUGGAGGAAGGGACUCCAAAAUCCCAAGACGCCCAAAGCCUGCCCCUGUAACGGCUGAAGCGGCCAGGCUGGCUUCAGGAUUGCCUGAACACUGGGACUGGAGAAAAGUUGACGGUGUCAACUACCUCAGCCCUGUCCGCAACCAAGCUUCCUGUGGGAGUUGCUACUCCUUUGCCACUAUGGGAAUGCUGGAAGCUCGAGUCCGCAUUCGGACCAACAACACCCAGAUGCCGGUCUUCAGCCCUCAGCAGGUGGUGUCGUGCUCCGAGUACUCCCAAGGUUGUGAUGGCGGAUUCCCGUACCUCAUCGGGAAGUACGUCCAGGACUUCGGCAUCGUUGAGGAGAGCUGCUACCCCUACAUCGGGGCCGACUCCCCGUGCAGCGUGCGGUCGGACUGCCUGCGCUACUACACCUCGGAGUACCACUACGUGGGCGGCUUCUACGGGGCGUGCAACGAGGCGGCCAUGAUGGCCGAGCUGGUGAGGGACGGGCCCAUGGGCGUGGCCUUCGAAGUGUACCCGGACUUCAUGCACUACACCGAGGGCAUCUACCACCACACGGGUCUCACCGACGAGUUCAACCCCUUCGAGCUGACCAAUCACGCCGUGCUGCUGGUGGGCUACGGGCAGUGCCACAAGACGGGGCAAAAGUACUGGAUCGUGAAGAACAGCUGGGGCACCGGCUGGGGGGAGCAGGGCUUCUUCCGCAUCCGCAGGGGCUCUGACGAGUGCAGUAUCGAGAGCAUCGCCGUGGCGGCCAUGCCCAUCCCAAAACUGUAGGCUCUCUGUCCUACGUGUGUUUCAAUCAAUGCUGUGCCAGUGCUGUUAAAGAAAUCAUUGCUUCGAGGUUUUUAAAGCCAAUUUUAAAAUGGCACGGAAUUUUUAAGUGGAUAGAAUUAUUCUGCUGAGGUCUUUUUAAUUGUUCUUUUUUUUCUUUUUCCGCUUGACAUUUGAAUCCGGACAUGCCAUAAACUGUACCAAAUUACAAGAGAGAGUUUGUAUGUAAAGGGUUUUUAAUUGGUGACUUGUAUUUUGCAGUGUAGCACAACCAUUUCAGGGAGCUCACUGCCCAACAGAGUCUUUCAUGCCACAAAGUCUUUUUUCGCACCUCAUCUGGAAAGUAUGGAAAGUAUGCACUAAAUUGUUAAUUAUGGUUUACUUGAACUUGUUUCAUUUAGUCCUAAUCUCAGGUUUGACAAAUCAAGCACCUUUCUCCCCCACUUUUAAAUCUCAGUGGGAUGUUAAAUGAGCCUGCCAUAUCUGAGGGACUUGUGAUGAUUUUCUGCUUCAUGGAUGUGUAAAGGGAAUGUAUUUGUUCAUGCUGGUACCUGGCUGUAUAGGGCAUAUAAGCCUGUAUUCAGUUUAACUUUUUUUACUUUCACACCUAUUUAGCAAGAUUUUAGCAUGUUGGUGUAGGACGUCAAAGACAAAUUUGCACUUUUCUUUCAAUUUUAUGUUUGAGAAAUAAAGUUGAUUUUAAUAUGGUAA